UCUCCCCGGCCUCGUCCCCCUCCCCCCACACCCCCCAACCGAUCCAUUCGCUUCUCGAAAUAUCUCGAUCCUCUCUCUAGGGUUCCUUCACAGAGAGGGUGAGAGAGAGAGAGAGGGCGAUCGAUCGAACGAUCUAGAGAAGGAUUAGGGUUUCCUUUGAGGGGUUACUAUGGCGUGGAGGCGUCUCCUCACGAAGGUUGUGAAGAAUCAAUUGGAACAUCCAUACAUUCAUGGGUUAGGUGGUCACCCUCGUCUUUCUACACUCACUGCUGGAGCUAGUGGGACAGGUAAGAGACUUAGAAACUUAUCUGAAAGAUAUCAGUCAAGUUAUGUUGGUGGUUUUUCUCGCAAACUACGGGAUGUGGAUGGAUCAAAUGAAGUUUCAUUGCUUAAAGAGCUUUACAGAAGUGAUCCAGAAAGAGUUAUACGAAUAUUUGAAAGUCAGCCCUCGUUACAUUCAAAUCCUUCGGCACUAGCUGAGUAUGUUAAAGCUCUAGUCAAAGUUGACAGGCUAGACGAAAGCUCAUUGCUUAAAACAUUGCAAAGAGGCAUAGCUAGUUCGCCACGGGAAGAAGAGAGUCUUAACAGUAUUCCAGCUUUGAAGAAUGUGGGCCAAAUAACAAAGGAUGGAGUUCUUGGUACUGCAAGUGCCCCAAUUCACAUGGUGACGGCUGAAACUAGUAACUUUAAGGAGCAAUUGUGGCGUACUUUCCGCUCGAUAGCACUUACUUUUCUUCUAAUAUCGGGUGUUGGGGCACUCAUCGAGGAUAGAGGAAUUAGCAAAGCAGGACUUGGACUGCAUGAAGAGGUUCAGCCAAGCAUAGAUUCUGGUACGAAAUUUACUGAUGUAAAGGGAGUUGAUGAGGCCAAAGCUGAACUUGAGGAAAUUGUUCAUUAUCUUCGUGAUCCUAAGCGCUUCACUCGCCUUGGUGGGAAGCUCCCCAAAGGUGUCUUGCUUGUGGGCCCGCCAGGCACGGGAAAGACUAUGUUAGCUAGGGCUAUUGCAGGUGAAGCCGGUGUGCCCUUCUUCUCGUGCAGUGGCAGCGAGUUUGAGGAGAUGUUCGUGGGUGUUGGAGCCAGGAGGGUCCGUGACCUCUUUGCUGCGGCAAAGAAGCGAUCUCCCUGCAUAAUUUUCAUUGAUGAGAUCGAUGCAAUUGGUGGGAGCCGCAAUCCUAAAGACCAGCAGUACAUGAAGAUGACGCUGAAUCAGUUGCUUGUUGAGCUGGAUGGUUUUAAGCAGAACGAGGGUAUUAUUGUAAUUGCAGCGACCAACUUCCCUGAAUCGCUGGACAAAGCUCUUGUCCGGCCUGGACGUUUCGAUCGCCAUAUUGUUGUGCCUAACCCAGAUGUUGAGGGCCGACGGCAGAUUUUGGAUUCCCACAUGUCCAAGGUCUUGAAGGCGGACGAUGUAGAUUUAAUGAUUAUCGCGAGAGGAACACCAGGUUUCUCCGGUGCUGACCUUGCCAACCUAGUAAACGUUGCAGCCCUCAAGGCGGCGAUGGAUGGUGCGAAGGCAGUGAGCAUGGCUGACCUCGAGUACGCCAAGGACCGAAUCAUGAUGGGCAGUGAGCGCAAAUCUGCAGUGAUCUCCGAGGAGAACCGGAAACUAACCGCAUACCAUGAGGGCGGGCAUGCCCUCGUGGCCAUCCACACCGAUGGGGCCCUCCCGGUACACAAAGCCACUAUCGUCCCCCGAGGUAUGUCCCUGGGCAUGGUUGCCCAACUACCGGAAAAGGACGAGACUAGCAUUUCGAGGAAGCAGAUGCUCGCCAGGCUGGAUGUCUGCAUGGGGGGGCGGGUUGCUGAGGAGCUUAUAUAUGGGGAGAACGAGGUAACCUCAGGGGCAUCGUCAGAUCUCCAGCAAGCGACAUCGCUGGCACGGGCCAUGGUUACUAAAUAUGGUAUGAGCAAGAAUGUGGGUGUUGUGACUCACAAUUACGACGAUAACGGAAAGAGCAUGAGCACCGAGACGAGGCUGCUUAUUGAGAAGGAAGUGAAGGAUUUUCUCGAGAGGGCAUACAACAACGCGAAGACCAUUUUGACAACGCACAACAAGGAGCUCCAUGCCCUGGCUAAUGCUCUUCUGGAGCACGAGACACUAUCGGGAGCGCAGAUCAAGGCAUUGUUGGCCCAGUUAAACAGUAGUAACAACAGUAACCAGCAGCAAGUGCAGGUGGUGGAAGCCCCACAAAGUACUCCAACUGUGCCGACAACACCUGCUGGAGCCGCUUCCGCUGCAGCCGCAGCUGCUGCUGCGGCCGCUCAAGCAGCGGCGGCGAAAGCCAAAGGAGUUGCCCAGCCCGUGGUGGGAUCUUAGCGAGCAGCAGACGAGCUAUUGAGCCAUGGAUAUGUAUAGAAAGUCUUUGCUGGGCUAACCGGAUCAAACAAGAAGAUGAAAACUGAAAAUUGAGCAUAAUGUAUUUUGUAUGUUUAGAUGUUCAAUUUAUGAUGUUUCCCAAAGCAUGUGGAGGGACCCUAGGGGUUAGAGACUUUCAUGGCAGUUGUAUUAACUGGCACUUAAACGAUGCGAGUAAUUCUGUUUUUGUAAUUUUUUUAACCUCGCAUAAUUAUAAUAUUAUAAUAAAGAGUGGAAUGCAACUUUCUCCUGAUGGAAAGUUAUGCAGUGGCACUAUUGCUUGAAA